AUGGGCGAAGUGCAGAAGGGGCUUCUUUCAGUCAUCCAAAAGCUCAAAGGCUCUGAAGAGCAGGAGUUGCGAAUUGUCCUGCUAGGGCUGGACAAUGCUGGAAAGACCACUUUGCUCAAGUGUCUGGCAUCAGAAGAGGUCAGCACCAUCACCCCCACGCAGGGAUUCAACAUCAAGAGUGUCCACUCUCAUGGUUUUAAGCUUAAUGUUUGGGACAUAGGUGGCCAGCGAGCCAUUCGGGCCUACUGGAAGAAGUAUCUGGGCAGUACAGACACAUUGAUCUAUGUCAUUGACAGUGCUGACCAGAAGCGCUUUGAAGAAACUGGACAGGAGUUGUCAGAACUAGUGGAAGAGGAAACCCUCACUGGCGUCCCUUUGUUGGUGUUUGCUAACAAACAGGAUCUAGCAACAGCGUCCCCUGCUGCAGAGAUUGCUGAAGGGCUGAACCUUCACACAUAUCGAGACCGGCCAUGGCAAAUCCAAGCCUGCUCAGCACUUUCUGGUGAAGGAGUUCAGGAUGGUAUGAACUGGAUUUGCAGUCAGAUCACAAGUCGGAAAAAGUGA